AUGGGCAUCAUCGGAAACGUCGCCACCGGCCUUAUCGGCGGCCUACACAGCUACAUCCUCGUCCUCGAGAUGUUCCUCUGGACAGGACCCCGCGGACGCAAGACAUUCGGACUCACAAAGGAGUUCGCCGAGCAGACAAAGAGCCUCGCCGCCAGCCAAGGCCUCUACAACGGUUUCCUCUCUGCUGGGCUCUUCUGGUCGCUCCUCCACCCAAACCAGGAGUUUGCGACUCAACUCUCGACCUUCUUCCUUGGCUGCGUCGUCACUGCUGGGGCUUUUGGAGGCGCGACGGCUAACCCUCGCAUUUACUACGUGCAAAUGGCUCCUGCUGCCGUCUCGCUCGGUCUCGUUCUUCUUGGUCUCUAA